CAGUCCUCUCGAACAAGAAAUAAAAAAGUUGCAGAUUUUAGAGAGAGAGAAAAAAAUCCCUUUAUUAAAUUAUCAGGAACUUUUCUUAGCCCCCAAUUGGGCUCUAGGUUCUUAAAUUAUCAGCAACUGCUUCAAUUCUCCCUCUCGAUUUCUGGGUCAUGUAGUUGCUGGGGGCUUGAAAGUGGUGUUCAUCUCGAAAAUCCGUUUUGGGAGUUGCAUAUUCUCGAAUUUCUGCUUCUGGGUAAUUGAAAUAAAUGAGUUUGGAUUUGGUUUUGGGGUGGGGUGUUGUCCUCUUCGCGUUCCUCCCCUUGAAUCUUGUGGUGAAGAUCUUCCGAUUCAGGUUCAAAUUUAAGUUCUGAGUUCGAAUUCAACUUCUGGGUGCUGCGGAUUCGAACGGAUUUCUCAGGUUCAGGGUUUAAGCCGGGGGUUUAAUCAGAUGGGUGCUAAUUUGUCCGAUUGCAGUGGAAGAAUUGGUCCGCCAUUGAAGCCCGGGCUUGAAGAUGUGCCGGAAAACUGCGUUGCUCUGGUUCUGAUGCAUUUGGACCCGCCGGAGAUUUGCAAAUUGGCCGGAGUGAACCGGCUGUUUCGCGGCGCCGCCUCGGCGGAUUUCAUCUGGGAAUAUAAAUUGCCUUCGAACUAUCAAUUUCUGAUGGACAAAGCAUCGGAGCUUGACGGGAAAGAGAAAGCUCCGGCGAGUUUGAGGAAGAAAGACAUUUAUUGCAGACUCUGCAGACGAAACCCCAUAAAUAGCGUCUCAAAGGAGUUUUGGUUGGAGAAGAAAACUGGUGGGUUAUCAAUGGCGAUUUCUUGGAAAGCAUUGACGAUUACUGGAAUUGAUGACAGGAGAUAUUGGAAUCAUAUCCAAACAGAGGAAUCCAGAUUUCAGACCAUAGCUUAUCUUCAACAAACAUGGUGGUUCGAGGUGAACGGAGAGCUCGAGUUCCAGUUCCCCGAAGGAAGAUAUGGCGUGUUCUUCAGGCUCCAUCUUGGCAAACCAUUGAGGAGACUAGGUCGUCGAGUCUGCUACACGGAUCAAGUCCACGGGUGGGACAUAAAGCCAGUGAGGUUCCAGCUGACAACUUCUGAUAACCAGCACACGGAGUCGCAGUGUUUCCUGGGCGGUCCCGGGAACUGGGUGAACUACCACGUCGGAGAUUUCGCCAUUGAAAGCGGGAGAAACACAGUGAUGAAGCUAAAAUUCUCAUUGACUCAGAUUGAUUGCACCCACACCAAAGGAGGGCUCUGCCUAGACUCUGUGCUGAUACAGCCUCUUCUACUCUAGCAAAUGAGGCAAAGUUGAGAUUUUGUAGGUAAAAGAGAGGUAAAAGUUUGAAACUCUUGCUGCUCAUUUCUGUGUGUGGCCUGCCCCAUCUUCGAAAGGGCGACGUUUCUCGAUUGUUCGAGACCAUACCAUAGUUGGUUUUGAUCGGGAUUCUGAUGGGGCGCUCGGUGAACCGAGGGAUCACUCACUUGUUGGAGCAAUGCUUAGUUUUUCAAUUUUCAGACAACAUGUUUUGUGUGAAAGUUUUGGUGUAAUUUAUGUUGUUUUGGGACCCCAAAUGAACAAAACUGGGAAUAAAAUGUCCAAAUUGUAAGAAAUUUGGAAAAUAGUGCUGAAAAUUUAAACAGGGGUAGAGCAAUGCUUGUUUUCCCUCUCUCCCCUAUUUAGAUC